AUGCUGGUCCCUGAUGAGAAUUCAAAGCAAAUAGAUCCUGGCUUCAGCUGGAAAACAACCUCCUUGUCUCCACCCUUUGCCCACCCAGUCCAUAAGUACGCCAAUGACAACUACAGUCAGGCUGAGGCCAUGCGCACUCCGGCGCUUCAGCUCUGGAUAGCCUCCAUCCGUGGCCUCGUCUGUAGGCCUGUGGAGAAAUAUGUCGGUACAAAAGUUCGGAUCGAUGAUGAGCUGCAUGGAAUUGCCACUACGAGGUUAGCUGAACACGAGAAUGAGAUAACAGACCUGGUAUUGGACAGCUGUCGGGGCCCUGGUGAUGAAGAAAAGAGAUCAUUCACACUGCUGACAAUUUCUUUGGUCUCAAGUGGUGGCUUGAUCACCGACUAG